GUACAAUUGCAUAUCUUCAUAUAUGUUUGUAAAGAUCGUAAUGAGGGCACACUUUGGGUCAAGCCGUGUGAAAAGCCCUCAGAAAAUCUUUGGCACACGACACCAAUAAUUUUCAUAGCACUUAACCAACGAUCUAGUUUUGCGCGCAACUCUAACAAAAUAUAUAUACUUAUGUACAUACAUAUAGGUAGCCUUUGGACAAUAAUCCUAUAAUUGCUUUUUAUUACGUCUGCUUUCAAAGUGUUAAACCUACAAUAACAAUAAAAACAUUCUCAAAUUUCUAAUUUCAAAGAAAUAAGAAAGAAGCAAAAUAUUAAUACAACAUGCCUUGCCCAUGUGGAACCGGUUGUCAAUGUGGCACUCAGCCUAAGAGCGGUAAUUGUGGCUGCGGCGCGGCGUGCAAGUGCUGUCCAUGCGGAAGCGGUUGCAAGUGUGGUUCGCAAACUCAGAGCGGCAGUUGUGGUUGCGGCAAUGGCUGCAAAUGUGGACAAUAAAGAACACUGUAUUAAAUUUGUAAUAAUACACUGUACUAAAUAUGUCACAAUAAAAAUGUAAUAUUUCACAAU